AGCGCUCGGCGGCGGCGGGGGCCGGAGGAGGCGGCGCGGCGGAGCCUCGGUGGCCUGGGACGCUCCUCCUAGCGAGGGCCGCCGCCCGCCUCCGCCUGGAGCUCCCUCGCCCCGGCCGGGACCGGCCGCCACUUCCGGCGGUUCCCCUGGGACGCGCUCACCUGGGACGCGUUACCUGCCUCCGGGCACCUGGGCUCCAGGAUGAAGGACCGGCUGGAGCAGCUGAAGGCGAAGCAGCUGACACAGGAUGAUGAUGCCGACGAGGUGGAGAUCGCUAUUGACAACACAGCUUUCAUGGAUGAAUUCUUUUCUGAGAUCGAGGAGACUCGGCUCAACAUUGACAAGAUCUCAGAGCAUGUGGAGGAAGCAAAGAAACUCUACAGUAUCAUUCUGUCUGCACCAAUUCCAGAGCCAAAAACCAAGGAUGACCUUGAGCAGCUCACAACCGAGAUCAAGAAAAGGGCCAACAAUGUCCGGAACAAACUAAAGAGUAUGGAGAGGCAUAUUGAAGAAGAUGAAGUCCGCUCAUCAGCAGACCUUCGGAUUCGGAAAUCUCAGCACUCCGUCCUCUCUCGGAAGUUUGUGGAGGUGAUGACCAAGUACAAUGAGGCUCAGGUGGACUUUCGUGAACGCAGCAAAGGGCGAAUCCAGCGGCAGCUUGAAAUUACUGGCAAAAAGACAACGGAUGAGGAGCUGGAGGAGAUGCUAGAGAGUGGCAACCCUGCCAUCUUCACUUCUGGGAUCAUCGACUCGCAGAUUUCCAAGCAAGCCCUCAGUGAGAUCGAGGGUCGGCAUAAGGACAUUGUGAGGCUGGAAAGCAGCAUUAAAGAACUUCAUGACAUGUUUAUGGACAUCGCCAUGCUGGUGGAGAACCAGGGCGAGAUGUUAGAUAACAUAGAGUUGAAUGUCAUGCACACAGUGGACCAUGUGGAGAAGGCACGAGACGAAACUAAAAGAGCUGUGAAGUAUCAGGGUCAGGCCCGAAAGAACCUGAUUUCACUCCAGCCUGGUGGGACCACUUUUAUCUUCAGAUGGGAAUGGAGUCUGAAUGGCCUUCCUGAGAGCAAAGGGAACCCGUUCCUUUGUUUCCUUGUAACCAUCCUUGGACCUGACUCAGCAAUCAAUCUAGCCCUGGAGGAAUCUAACCUACCUGAUGCAACCCCCAAGUUCUCCUCAAAACCAACUCCUGCCCCAGCAACUGAAGUACCUUUCCUCCUGGACCGUAUGAACUGACCCAGCUUUUUCCCUCCUGUGGUGUGUCAAAUUAUGCCUUGCACCUUGGAAAUCCCAUGUGAGACUAUCCCAAGGUGCUGCAUCUUCUACCUCAUGGAGUAUACUCCCAGAAAUUACAGUGUAUUUUUCUAGGGGAGUAUCUUUAACAAAGCAGAUGGAUUCUUCUAAAUUUGGCAACAAUAGGGUUUUGAUGGAGGACUUCUGCGUGGCAGGAUGCCAGUCCUGUGGGUCCUGAAAACAUGAGUGACUGGCAGAUGCCAUUUUGGUCCAAAAAGUUGACUUGCUUGAAAUUCAACUUCAAAUUAAGAUCAACCUGGGGGGCCAAUUUGGUCUUUCUUUAGGUUGUGUUCUCAUGUUUACUCAAAGAGGGACCAGGAUGAUAGUCAUCUGAGGUUGCCAUUUUCAAAGGCUGAGGAUUUCCAACAUUUGUUUCCCUAUGAAUUUUGGAAACUGGCUUUUCACCUUUGGAGUGACUCUUUGUGAAGCUGUUGCCCUGAGGCCAAAAUUAACCAGGGAUUUAAAAUUGGGCUGGGGACAAGGUGCUAKAGUCUCAGACUCUGAAAAGGUUUCAUGAGGCUGAGUGUUCAGUCACUCAUGUGUUCAGGUAUAUUUUUAAAAAUGUGUAUGUGAGAUGCAUGUACAUAUAUGUGUCUGUUUCUCAGGAAAUAGGAAACUAGAAAAGAAAGAUACUAUGACCUCAAAAAUUAAAAAAAAUUUUUUUUGAGCUAGACUAAAAAUUAGAUAAGUUGCAUUUGUUUACCUGCAAAUGAAUCAUUGUAGAAUUAUGAUCAUCUUAUGUCAUCAACAAAGUUGUUUUCUAGAAGAGAACUGGGAGAAUCAAAUGAGAUAUUCAGACUGAGGACUGAGUUGAUUUCUGGUUUCUGUGCAGCAGGUAAAGGUGUAAUAGUUUGACACCUUUCCCUGUCUGCUGCCUCCACUAGGCUUUCAUUGAGAACAUCCCACAGCAAUCCACAUGACCUAUGGGAUGUCCUGUCUUGGAUGGAGUUAGUUGGGAGAGACCUGAGACUACCUGCUACUGGGUGAAUGUGCUUGACAGGUUCUUUGUUUUCCCCAGUUCUUGUCACAGAGGAAGCAACAGCCAGGAAAUUUUCGUAUAGUGACUACUAAGCUGUAGGUAGCCCCUUAGAUCCCUGCCAGUCUCCCUGAUUUGGGGUACUAGCUGUAUUUCAGCUUUGACAGUAAUGCUUUCUAAGGCAGAGAAAGCACCCUGAUCCAGGCACUGCCUAUUAGCUUCCUGUGCAAAGGCUCCUCACUUCUCACUACCCAGCACUCAAACAGAGCCACAGGGAUGCCCUUCUCCCCAUGGCUAUGAGGUUAGAAGACAGGCUGUAAUCUCAGGCCUUUACUAUCAUCUGAGACUGAGGCCUGGGGCUUUAAGUUUGGAAUGCAACACAUGAAGGGUUUUUGUAUUUUUUUAAAUGUAAAUUUGAUUAUUUUAUUGUUAAUUUAAAAAUAAAUGACUUUCUAAUGAUUGCAAAACAGUUCUGUCUCUUAUCUCCCUGCAAACACUUGGUGAUCUGGUGCCACCAUGUGGUGGUUUUUGUUCAGGUUUUAGGACUCUGAUGGUUUAGAAAGUUCAAUUUUUUGAAAGUAGCUUCACUCCCAAAGAAUGCGGUGUAACUGUACUUGAGUUUCAGAGUUGAGGUACUUCUCACAAAAGAAUUUGUUCACUCGUUCAGAGCACCCUGCUAUUUUUCUGUGAACACUCCGGGUUCCAGAAGCCAGAUCCAUCACUCUUCCCUUCUGCUGCUCCUUUUCCCUUUGUACCCUCCUCCAUGUUCAGAGGCACCUGUCUUCCUUUAGUCAGAACUGUCUCCUUCACAGUGAUGUCAUUGCUCAUGUGCUUUUUCUUUCCUUGUCUGGAUGAGCAGAAGAAGAUCAUGAUCAUGAUCUGCUGUGUUAUCCUUGUGAUCAUCUUGGCUUCCACCAUUGGGAGCAUAUUUUCCUGAAAAAGGUGAGCUGUCAUUGGGGAGGAGGGUCAGGUCUGCUUUCACUAAACACUCUUGUGUUUGGGAGCAUUCACUGUUUGUUGCCAGUUUCCCUAAUCUGUGUGUGAUGAGGUGCUAGAAUAGGUAAAGAGUAAACUAAGGAAAAGGAUGUUUCAGAUAAAAAUGAGUGGAGCUGGUAGCAGUCAGUGGGAGAGCAAGGAAGAAAGGAGGCAGAAAUCUGUCCCAUAACUGCACCUAGGAGCAGAAUGCUUUGUACAGGUCAAAUUGUUGAUUCCUGCUGUAAAAAUUGAGCCUUGGUGUCUGGGAAUGGCAGAAUGAGAAAGAAUUAGCUCUUGCAUUAGGUGGACCCUGAACUGGGGUUAGGAUAAGUUAGUGUAACCUUGUGAAUACUGUCUUACCCCUACUGAAGAGGGAGUUGUUUGAAAAUAAAAUACCAUGCUCUACAAUCUAUGAUUUUCCCCCCUCCAUUCUUCUGUUAUUUCCUUCUGCCCUCACAGAUGGAUCUUCGUGGCAUUUCCAAUCCUUCUCCCACCUUUGUGGGGUCAUCACUUCUCCACUGCAGACUCCUCAUCAGCUACA